AUGUCGCCUGAGGCGUCGGCCGCCGAGAUUGACCGGGACAGAGUGGGAGUGAUGGGCCAGCUCCGGCCCGAUCCUCCGGACCGCUCCCACACUCUGCCUCCCACCCUCAACGUCCAGUCACUCAAGCCCAAGAUCGCAGACCUACGGACUGACCUUCCUGACUACCAGUACGAUGUGUUAGCAUUGUGUGAGAGCUGGCUGACGCCUAGCGUACCGAAUAGACUUCUGAACAUAGACGGUUACCGGCUGUACAGGUGUGACCGUCCCGACACUCGCGGACUAGCCAAGGGACGCGGUGGUGUGGCGCUCCUGCGACUCCGCCAACUUCUGACAACAUACGGACUGACAAUCAGCAACAACCGGCACCCGACCUACCGACCGGCCGGCUCGCUGCUGGAUAUCGUGGCUGUCAGCCGCCCUGACUACCUGCUGCGCGCUGGCGUCACGCGCUGCCACUAUGGCACCCCGCACGAUUACACCCGAGCUGUGCUGCAGUGCACCGGCAGGACCAGGGUGGCCGGCCCGGUCACACAGCGCCGGCGACUCGGCCGGAUCGACGCCGACAGCUUCAACCGGCAGCUGAACAACAUCGACUGGAGCCCAGUGUUCCGGACACAGCUGACAGCCAGCAAGUGGGAGUCGUUCUGCGACAUCUUCCUCGGGCAGCUGGACACAGUGGCACCCGUUACGAGGGUGCAGCAGCGACCUCCUGGGAGCCUGUUGGUCUCGGCACCUACCAGAGACCUGAUGGCGCGACGGAGACAGGCCCUGCGCCCUGGUGGCGACCGAGAGAACUAUAAGGAGCUGAACCGUCUGUGCCGCGCGGCUGUCCGGAAAGACCAGCAGGCCCACAUCAACCGGGAACUGGCCAAAGCAGGGCCUAGCAAAGUCUGGCGGGUACUACGGCCCAUCAUCGGCAGCAAGAAAGAGGCUGCGGUUCCCAGCGCCACGCCCGACGCGCUAAACGACUAUUAUGUGAGCAUAGGGCCAAUCACAGCUGCCAGCGUCCCCCCGCCCACGGUACCAGUGCCGGUCAGACUGCCGCGUGUCACGACGAGCCGGUUCAGACCGCAACCGAUCGACAUGGACACGCUCGGCCUGCUCCUGCUACACAUGAAGCCGUCAACUUCAACAGGCAACGACGGGAUCAGCGUCAGCAUGUUCCGCACCUUCUUUUGGGGCAUGGGUCACGUCCUGUUGGACAUAGUCAACUCCAGCCUGACGACCAGCAACGUGCCCGGCCCCUGGAAACAUGCAAUGGUAACGCCAAUCCCAAAAGGACAAGGACCAUCGGAGCCAGCAAACACUCGCCCGAUCUCCAUCCUGCCGGCGAUAAUGAAGGUUGUUGAGCGGGUCGUCCAGCGCCAGCUGGUGCAGUACUUGGAGGCCAACCAGCUCCUGUCAACCACCCAACAUGGCUACCGCAGCGGCCGCAGCACCGAGACGGCACUCAGCGUCAUCACCGACCGUGCGCUGGAGGCGAUGGACGCUGGAGAGGUGUCGAUCCUGGUGCUGUUGGACCUCUCCAAAUGUUUUGACGUUGUGCCGCACGGGAGACUGCUGGAUAAGCUCGCACUGUAUGGGGUAGAUACCGAGUGGUUCGGCAACUACCUAAGCGGACACACUCAGCAGGUGCAGAUGGCCAGUGGUGACGGUGGAUACACGAUACUCAACUUCUUGUGA